CAGGAGAACAUGGAUUUUCGCGCACAACUGCAACCAAGUCAAUAGUACUCGCAAGGAUCAGAUCAUCCGCCUCCGCUCCUCGCAUUCUUCCAUUCGAUAUAGGUCAGUUGAGUCUCCAGCUAUGUUGAAGCCUGGCCUUGGGUCGCGCUUACCACAGCUGCCAUCACCGCAACCAUCCUCAGCACAACCAGAACAACCUGCACCGAACCUGCAGGAUAACCCUCCGAACACAUUACCGUCUCAGAAGUCAAACGGUCGCCCGCCGCUUCCAAGAACGCAAUUCCCACGAAAUCGCCAUCGUUACUCAUUCAAGACGAGGACAGGGGCAACAAACCCCCCACCCCCAUUCAAGAUGAAGCUCUACAAGUUCAAGCCUUACAAGGAGCCUGAAGCAAAAGACGAGCUUGAGCCCUCCAGCGACGAGUCCAAGCCCAAGCCCAAGCCCAAGACCAAACUCAAAACGUUGUCCGAUUCGAGUGCAGCCACCCGCAAGCUCGCUAUUACACGGUUAUUACAAUACCAGCACCCAACGUCUACUUUGAACGUCGGUACUCUAUCCGCUAACCUCAGACGAGCUCUGCCAAACGACGGUACCGUUCAACAGGAAGUUGCCCUCUGUAUCCGAAACGCUGUGCGCGAGGCUGCCAGGAUCAGACGACAAGGUCAACGAGUAAUUGGAAAGUUUGUCGAGCAUGUAAACAAGCAUGGACCGGGUCCCAACGAUCAUCGAUUCAUGAAUUUUCUUUGCCCUCGAGUCUCCAUAAAGGACGCGAAAAAGCUGGAUGAUGGUUGUGCUGCAGAGGACGACGAUGAGGAUGGUGGUGACAUGGACCAGAAAUCCAAGGAUGGCAAAGGCUCUGAGCAGUUCUUGUUCCUCCAGAGCUUUCUGUCAUACCUCUACUCUGGGAACUACCCACGAAAAAGUGGUACCGGUCAGAAGGUCAACGAUUUCAUUGAUCGCCUCAAGGAUCUCGGACUGUACGCCCCACCACGUCCUCGGGCCGCUCUCAACGAGACAACUCCCUUCUCACCAACAGAGUUACUCCUAUCGGUGGCGUUGCAGCUCAAGGUCGAACUCAAAAAAAUAUACCGUAAUGGGACCUGUGAGCUGCAUAAUAAGCUCCAGAAGAGAAAAAAGAAGGGGCUGCUGGGAUCUGAUGUUAACGUGGAGAUCCAGGAGGAGGUAUCUGCUAUUGAAAACUACCUCGCGAUCAACAAAUUGAGUCCAAACCCUCGUAGGAUCAUCCCCAUGUCGACGGCGAAGCAAUCUUUUGUCAGUUUCACGGAGCGACAACUAGCCAUGUUCUUUUUCAACCGCGGAGGCGCACUGAGGGCACGGGUUCAGGAGCUGGUCGGUACCGUCUGCACAUCCAUGCAGGAUGUUGAGGAGUGGAUAGGAGGAAAAAAACCAGGCUUUCUCAUCAAGCACCUCAUCGUCGAUAUCGAUUCCGAAGAUCUGACCAGUCGCCAGAGAGGCAAGGCUGGACACCGCGCUGCGAUCGUUGUUAUCCCUUGAUGAUCUCGAGAUCCACUUGCAGGUGCUGAACGAUCCAGAGUUCAGACCGGAGACCUAUGCCCGCAAAGGAUAUUUUCUCAGGGGGUCUUUACGAACUGACGGAUUCACUAUGCAGCUCCUGUGUUCCAAAGUCAGGGAACUUCUGUCAGUCAAAUACAAGCGGUUGCCCGACGAUCGCCUACCUCCUCGAUUGACUUCCACACCUCACGGUACCAGUGAUUUUUU